AUGCACGAGCUUCCAGACGAUAUCUUAGUUACCAUAUUCACCAGCCGCGACAUUGAAACCCUUCUCAAGCUACGGUUCAGUUGCACAUCGUUCUGUGCCGUCGUGCAAGCAUGCAUCAAGACCAUCGCACCUUCCCCCGCGCGCAACACCUUCCCAAAUUGCGAGCUACUUCUCUCACCGCCCAAGAGCGGAUACAGUGUGCGUUGGCUACGUGACCUCAUUCCCGCUCAACUAGCCAGCAUCACUCUUGACAAAGACAAGCUCCGCCGCUGCCCUUACGUCAACUCGGGUUUCCUCUACGGCAUUCCCAGCGAGAACGACUGCACAGAAGCGACGUAUUGGCGGCAACGACUGACGAACGGAUGGCGCAUCUUGCAGUCAUUUCAGUUAACCUCGGCCAGAGUCUACUCGAGCUUCGAUGGUAGUUGCAAGAGGCCGAAUGCUUUCAGGAAAGUCAGUGGCGGUGUACGGACUAGUCGCAUCUGGCAAGCCGUCUCGUGUCAAUAUGUCGGCUGUACAGAACAUGGCAUGAAGCAUGUGUUUAAAUCGAAAAGCCGCCGCGACUCUCAUGAUAGCCGCAAUGAGGAGCAAAACUCCAAAGAUCCCAUUCCAGAAAUUCGUCGCAAAGAAGCGCUCAUUCUCAAGAGACGCUUAGCGCAGAUGAAGUCAAUGUCAGAUCAGGAUCUACUUGACUACGUAUAUCUCUGGCGCAUGCUACUCCACGUCUCCCGACCCUACAGUAAGCCCGGAACGACAGUCUGCGACUUCACACAAGGCUGGGGCCUGUCAACUUCCAUACCAAGCCCGAGCUGGCCAACCAUAAUCUCCGACAUAGCGCAAGGCUGCUCAUGGCUCAAUUGGUUUAUUCUGCACACCGGCACCGCGCCCUUCCUCACACAGUGGUCUCUCUCCUCGCAGUCAGUUUAUACUGCCAACAACCUUCCGUAA